AUGGCUCUCGUAGACUACGCUGGUAGCGAUUCUGACAGUGAAGAUGAGUUGACGACGAAAGCCAUGCCGGCAACAUUAGAAAAAAAUGCAGAAGAUGAGGAUUUCUUCCGAUCGGAAUCUCGAGAUACCGAAGAAAGUACAUUACAAUCUGAAAAAGUAGCAAAUGAUGAUGUUCUUGAAGAUAUUGUGAAACCAAAAAACUGGGAGUUAAAAUUGGCAGAAAAACAAAAGAAAAAAUUGGAAAAAAAAGCAAAAAAGGCAGCAAAAAAAGAGAAAAAGAAAUCCAAAAAUAAUAAAGAAGCCGGAAUCGUUCCAAAAAUCAGCUCAGGUGUCAAAAAACCGAAGCCAAAGGUUCAAAUCUCUGCUUUCGGGGCCCUAGCGAGCAUCGCAGGCAGCAUUUCCAGCGAUAGUGAUGAUGAUGAAUUAAUAUCCAAGGAGUCAGUAAAAGGAAUCGGUUUCUUGUCAAGUUUGCCUGCACCGAAGGGAAAAAACAAUGUGACUGGCGAUCAGACCAUAAGCUCCUUUGUGCCAUUCUCAAAAGCAACUCCGGAUGUCCCUUCAACAUCAUUAGCAUCGAAGCUGGUGGACAGUGAAGAUGACGAUUAUGACCCAUUGGACUUUUUCGGAUUCUCAUUGGCCUCAAAAAAAGUUGAUAAAAUUCCAGAUGAGCCGCAAGUCCCACAAUUCACCGAAGACAUGGAGAUGGUGGGGCCAUCAAAACCAUCCCAGCAAUUCAUAUACCCCAGUCAAUUGUAUAAUAUGGCUGAGGUCCCAGAAGAGCCGGCGAAGCCUAAAGGCAAAAUUCUCACUGAUGAAAUGGCCCAGAAGCUCAUUAUGCGAUUCUCACAAGACAUAGGUCCCGGGGAACUCAAAUCUUUCAAUGAAAUUACUAGUAAUUUGAUUGACGUGAAUGUCGAUGACGCAAUUGGUCCGAAUGUAAAAUCAAAUAUUCUCAAGAAUCUUGGGCAUCGGCAAUUUUCUGAAGCCACAAAAGCGCCGCUUCCUCAGGCUCCGGUGGCCGGACAGAUGUCAAGAAAGAAGCACCAAAUCACUUAUCUCGCAAAUUUGGCUGUUUCUCGAGAAGAGGCUCUCAAAGAUAAAUGGGCGGAGCAGAAGCAAACGAAGAGGAUGGCACGUCAAAAAUAUGGUUUUUAA